GCGUUCCUAUCAGCUGAGUAUCAGGCAGGCAACUUUGAAAAAUAAAAUAAUUUUGAAUCUUAACGGACAUCUGAAUGAUAAAAUAAGUUAGGUUAUGUUUUUGAACAGGGAGUUUCACGUGGAAAACAUAAACAAAAAUGGGAUCUUUUAAUCAGAGACUCUUUAAUUUCCUCAGAGAUGAGGAUUGUUGCCUUGAAUGCUGCCUGAGAUACUUGAAGGGAUAUGGUGCAGAGUUUAUCAAUGUGAAAUCCUCUUUGACAAAGAAAGGGAUUGUGAUACCCGACGUGGAAUACAAGGAACCUUUGCUGGAAGCAGAUGCUGUGUCCUGCCCAUCAUGUCUGGAUAUUUUCUCUGAACUCUGUAUCUAUGAUGCUGUGUGGAAAGUGUACAAAAGUGAUGAUUUCUUCCAGUACAACUGCAACAAGUUUGUCCUGUCACUCAUCCUUCCAGUUGGAUUGGAUAUCCGGCAGAUGAUCAUAUGGAUUAAGUUGAUAAACCACUUUGGUGAUCUUAUCAGUAAAGAGGAACGUCCUGAUACUCCUAUUAAAGAUGCUUUGAGGUCCAUUCUGGUAUCUCAAUUGAGCGAGAAACUUGAGGCUGAGUACGAUAGGGAAGGGGUCUUUAUCACCCUCACUUAUGGGUAUUCCUUUGAUGACAGAGAAGCUGAGGCAUUGGCCAAAAUAAAACCCCAAUGCUUUCAGCAAGUGAAAGGGAACAAAAAACUUAAAACUGAAGUGAACCGAACGGCUGUGGAAAAGUAUUUUGUGCCCUCAAGACUGUCCCAGGAAGAGUGGAAUCGAAUCCUUGCCAUUCCAGCAAAAUCUGGCUGGCUUUUUCAUGCAUGGUACACAGGAGAUACGAGAGAACAUCUCGUCCGCAAUGUGUCCAUUGUUGGACCAACUGUCUUCUUUGCCGGAAGGUAUCAAAAACUCUCGAGAGAACUGAGUCAGACACCAUGGAUUCUCAAUGAUGAAAGAAUGGUGCUACACAGUGUGCAAGAAACGAUCAUGGAGCAACUGCAGAAGACAGAUUUUUGCAGUACCAACAGGACAUUGUAUGGACAGCAGGGUCAGGUGAAAUUUUCAGCCAGUGGAAGGGAGGAUGUAGAUGUGAGAUGCCUGGGAAGAGGGAGACCUUUUGUCAUUGAAGUUUCCGAUUGUCGGGUUAGCAAAUUGUAUCCCAAUUGGGCGGCACAGAUUGAAUCUCAGAUUGCCAAAUCGGGUACGGUGGCUGUGAGGGAUUUGCAGACGGUGGAUCGAGGGCAAUUGGUGCAUAUUAAGGAGGGUGAGGAGAAUAAGAGGAAGAUGUACAGGGCUCUGUGUCUGUUGGAAUUCCCAGCAGACGUGUCUGUUUUGCAUAAAUUAAACAUCGUGACGGAGUUUACAGUGGAUCAACUCACGCCAAUUCGUGUGCUUCAUCGGCGUCCGCUCAUCAAACGACCUCGAGUGAUCUACAGCGUGAAGACAAGGCUGUCGACAGACCACAAUCAUCUUUUGGUGAUCGACAUCCAGACUCAGGCGGGAACGUACGUCAAAGAAUUGGUCCAUGGAGAAUUUGGGCGCACUGUACCAAGUUUAGCAUCGAUUAUUGGUCAGAAAAUUGAUAUCCUGGCUCUCGAUGUGAUGGACAUUGAUAUUGAUUGGCCACCGUCUGUGAAGCAAGAGCAGAAGAUUGAGCCAAAAUGUGAAGAUGAUGAUAUGAAUAAUUGAUUCAACUUUUAAAAAACAUUCACUAGAGAAAUAACAUGAAAAAUGGCAAUGAUCGUAAUGUUGAAUAAAAUAUAAAGAACAUCGA